AACCGAUCGGUUUGGGUGUGUGAGUGAUCGGGGAUGUAGCCGCCUCUUGAAGUGUGAUGUAAACGCUAUCAUCUAUGCCUCCAGAGGGACGGGGCGGUGGGCCAGCUCCCAGAGUGCGUUGCGGCUUAUAGCGCCCACCCUGGCUUGUAUUCUCGAUCGAAUGUUUUUUGCAACCAGCAACCAAAGAGAGAGAGAGAGAGAGGGAGAGAGGAGAGCAGUAGCAGCAGAAUAAGAAGAGGUGCUCUAGCUUGUGCGGACUAUUCCAGCUUGAGGGGAGCUCGAUAGACUUGAAUUGGCGAAAGAGAUGAAAUUAUGCCUGAUUAAGCCGGCUUGGAAGCUGGAUUGAAUUUGGCAAAACUGUUUGUGGAUGUUUAUUCGGCCUUAGAUAAGUGGAGGCAGUGGUUGUUUCACAAUAAUUGAUCAGUAUUUGAGAGAUUGACAAGCAUCAAUCCAACCAUGCCUUCUCAUUCUCAAAUAGGACAAGUAGGUUUGCAGUUACAGCACCCAGCACAACUUCUUUCGUACCCGAUGCCGCCGUGUACGCCGCAAGCACACUGCCGAUCCGACUCGCUGCUGCCAUACUCCCUGGAGAGCUGGUUUCCUGCCAGCUCUACAACCUUUGAAGCCACCACCCGCAGCUGUGGAUCGCCUCCAGGGUGGAGUAACUUCCAGCAGCCGGUGGAGACGCCUGAAGGGUCUGUCGGCGAUGCCAUUAGAAUCAGCACGGGGAGCGCGAUUUCCCAGCCUGCCGACUUUCAAUGUGAUACGUGGUGGUCGCCCAUCACUGUCCAGGCAGCCAUGCCGAACGACAAUCUCAUCUCUCAGCGAGGAAGUGAAAUUAGUUGUGACUUGGAAGCCGGGGCGAGUUAUCCUAUGAUAUUCACCACAGACUGCGAGUUGGAUUCACGGCAACGUGCAAUUGGCAACAUCGGCGGGUGUGAUCAGAACGAGCCCAGGAAAUACCCGACAUCUGCUUUGGCAGUGGUGAAUGUCGCUCAAAUUCCAGCGUCAGUCUCCCGCUCGAAAGGCGCCAGCAGGAAAGAAAUUCUGCAAUUGGCUAAGGAGAAGUUAGCUAGGACGCCAACGAGCCCCUCUGAAGUGAGACUCGGGAAGGAGAAGCAGCUGGGCGUGCAGAAGUCCAAGGGGAGUGGGAAGCGGCCCUUGUCCCAGCGGGAGAAUCACAUCUGGUCUGAACGGCAACGCCGCAAGGGGAUGAAUUACCUCUUCUCCACUCUUCGCUCCCUCCUUCCUCAACCCAAUCCCAAGACGGACAAAUCAACAGUGAUAGGGGAGAUCAUCAAAUAUAUCCAGUCGUUGCAAGUGAAGCUGGAGAUGCUCACGAAGAAGCGCCAGCAGGUUAUGACAGCUGUAUUACCGAGACCUGGCUCGUCUGCCUCGCACUGCACUGGGCUCACGCUGUUGGAUCACUCCAACUUCGACUCCUCUUCGAUGACUGCAAUCACAGCGUUGCCGCCUCCAGGCAGGGAGUCGUGCCUACAAUCUUAUUUGGGAACCAAUGUUGGGCUCCACGUGUGCGGGCUCAACGUGUUCAUCACCACCAGCAGCCCGCGAGGCCGACGAGGGCUGCUACAACAGCUCUUGCUAACCAUUCAAAGGUAUAAUCUGGAAGUCAUCAACGCCACCAUCUCCACCAGCAGCGCCUCCAUCUUCCAUUGCUUGCAUUGUCAGGCAUCUCAGAAUGCAGAGGUUCUCAACAACGAUCUCCACAGCGCCUUGCAGACCGCUAUCACCAACUUUGGGUUAACACAGUUUUAGACGUUGCCGAAAAUUCCCGCAUCAUUCAAGAAGAGUUACGACUGUACACAAGUGAGUUAUUUUUUUCCUUCGGAGAACAAGGCUAUCUUUGGGGAGAUAAAGGGCCGGCAUUAUUUUGACCAGGUUCAGGUGAAGUGAAUUACGCAAGAACUAAGAAGUGCACAUCCCUGGCUGUUUGGUCAUUUGAAGGACAUGAAAGAGCCAUUCAGAUUUGUAGAUUUACGGGAUCAUUGGCGUCUAUUACCACGAAGAGCUGUAAAUGUUGAUGCAUUAGCAAUUUUUUUCUGUAGUUUUUUUACUUUUUUUCUUUUUCUUUUUGUAAUUAUUAAUAAAAGUUACUGAACCCUAAGAUUGAGGGCUCAGAAGCUGAAUAUUUCGCUCAAGUGUUAA